CAAUGCAAGCAGGAACUGAAACCAAGUAAUAUUGUAUUAAUAUUCCUAUAGUAGAGGUAGACUCUUACUUAAGUCUUUUAGUAGGUAGGCCUAUGUCAAACUGAUUUUUAAAACGGCCCCAUAGCUUUUUGAACUAAAUUCUAAGAUCAUGGAUACCAAAUUAGGGUAAUCUAUCGUUUUAGAUGCUCAUCAUGAUGUGAAACAAACAAACUGUCCAUGAACAAUAUUGAUGGAAUUGGGGAACCAGUUUAUGUGUGUUCAAGCAAGUUUGAAUGAGAAACUAACAUUUAAUCAGAAAUGGGUAAAGAAGGUGAGCUGCUUAAAGCUAUCAAAGAGAAAGAUAAUAUGAAAGUGCAGAAACUUCUUUCAACGACAGUGAAGAAAAAAAAAGAUGAAAGUCUCUAUUGGCAGACAGGAAAAUGUGAUGAGAAGUUAAUUCGUGUCGAGUUGAGGCACAUAGACGUCAACACACGGGAGCCUGAAACACUUUAUACACCACUUCUUUUAGCUGUACUACAUGGUUCAAAAGAAAUAGCUGAGAAACUUAUUUUGCACUGCGCUGAUGUAAAAGCUCGGGAUGUAAAGGGUAACACUGGAUUACACCUUGCUGUAUUUCAUGGACGCUAUGACCUAGUAGAACUCUUAUUGCUCAAUGGUGCCGAGGUGAAUGCUGAAAAUGAGGAUGGAAACACUGCGUUACACAUUUCCUGUCAGGGACAAGCAGUUAUGGACAUGAGGGUCAAGAUUAUAAAAACUUUAAUCAAAAAAAAUGCCAUUGUGUGGACAAAAAAUAAAUAUAAUCUCACACCACUGGAUAUUGCUGCCACAUUUAAUAGGAAAGAUGCCAUAACUGCACUGCUUGAUUACGCCCCACAUCUGAUGGAUAACCAUUGUGCUAUUGUUGAAGCUUCCAUACGUGGUUUUAAAGAUGCCGUAGAAAUUCUGCUUGACUAUGGUGUAAAUCCUAACUAUUUAGAUGAUAAUUAUGGGUCUACUGCAUUACAUGAAGCUGUAAGAUUCAGCAGAACUGAGGUUGUGGAGCUUUUGCUUGCUUUCCAGGCGGAUCCCAAUUUCCCAAACAUGAAAAAAGAGACACCAAGAUCUCUUGUUGCACAGUUGCCUUCUCGUGUUGCGGAGAGAAUGGUACAGAUUUUUGAAGAGCAACCCAGUAAAGUGCCAAGAUCACCACAGAAACUUGAAAGAACCACAACUCCAUUAACACCACAAGAACGAGAGAGCAAAUGGGGUCAUAUUAAAGAUUAUCCUGUGCUACCCAAUGAUCUAACAUGGACACAGAAUCGACCACUUUUUUGUAGUUCUUGCACUGAGAAGAAUCCAAAUAGUCAUAUAUUGGAUGGAAAUCCACGAACCUUCUGGGUGGUCCCUGUGCUCCAUGAUGCUUGGACAGUGCUUGACCUUCACACAGAUCACAUGAUCACUGGUAUAACUGUUUACGGCUGGAACAGCCCACAAAUGUUAAAAACAUUUCAACUUCAAACUUCUAACUCAUUAGAUGGUCAGUGGAUUACUGUCACAUCUCAUACUUGUGAUCUACUUGGAAGUACUGAUAUCAGAGAACCAGCAUUCCCUCAGAAGUUCAGCGGUUUCACCUUCCAAAGCCAGUACAUCCGGUUAUACCUGGUUGAUAACCAUGGUGGCAGCUACAUUUGCUUUCAGGGCAUUGAACUCCAUGGUGUAGACUGUAAAAUAAGAGACACCCUUCAAGACUGUGGACUACACAAGAUGGAAGAUGACUUCAUUUGUAAGGGAUUAAACACAUGGAAACGUUUCCUAGAUGUCACACAAGAGACAGUUGAUGAAUUGGUCAGUGACCCAGGGAAGAAAGCUGCACUAUGGGAAGCUGUCUAUAGAGGAAGGAGGGCAAUGUAUAAAAUGACCAUGCUAACCUGGCUAACAGCACCAGCUGCAACAGUUUUUGAUGGAGAGAACUUGCCAGAUUUUUGUGUACAGUCAGACCCUGGGGUUACAGAGGUGCUGGAGCUGGUGGUCCAAAAUGCACAAGUUUCAGGAAAUAGGUGUAAACGUCUGAUUCCCAAUGGAGAAGGAAAACCAGCGGUGGCAGUUUUUUCAGAGAUUUCUAUUACACCUGCUGGAAUGUAUUAUCUGAUGGUAAAGGGAGUGACAACAGAAAUUACUCUUCUCUCCCCUCGACCAACUGAAGUCCGUCCAAAGUUCCGGUCAGAAAAAGACAUAUCUUCAGCCUUUGAUGAGAUCCAACAGAUGAUCAGUGAGGUGCAAGCUACACUACCAUCACAUUGUUGACAGUGAGGUGCUAGCUACACUACCAUCACAUUGUUGACAGUGAGGUGCUAGCUACACUACCAUCACAUUGUUGACAGUGAGGUGCUAGCUACACUACCAUCACAUUGUUGACAGUGAGGUGCUAGCUACACUACCAUCACAUUGUUGACAGUGAGGUGCUAGCUACACUACCAUCACAUUGUUGACAGUGAGGUGCUAGCUACACUACCAUCACAUUGUUGACAGUGAGGUGCUAGCUACACUACCAUCACAUUGUUGACAGUGAGGUGCUAGCUACACUACCAUCACAUUGUUGACAGUGAGGUGCUAGCUACACUACCAUCACAUUGUUGACAGUGAGGUGCUAGCUACACUACCAUCACAUUGUUGACAGUGAGGUGCUAGCUACACUACCAUCACAUUGUUGACAGUGAGGUGCUAGCUACACUACCAUCACAUUGUUGACAGUGAGGUGCUAGCUACACUACCAUCACAUUGUUGACAGUGAGGUGCUAGCUACACUACCAUCACAUUGUUGACAGUGAGGUGCUAGCUACACUACCAUCACAUUGUUGACAGUGAGGUGCUAGCUACACUACCAUCACAUUGUUGACAGUGAGGUGCUAGCUACACUACCAUCACAUUGUUGACAGUGAGGUGCUAGCUACACUACCAUCACAUUGUUGACAGUGAGGUGCUAGCUACACUACCAUCACAUUGUUGACAGUGAGGUGCUAGCUACACUACCAUCACAUUGUUGACAGUGAGGUGCUAGCUACACUACCAUCACAUUGUUGACAGUGAGGUGCUAGCUACACUACCAUCACAUUGGUGAAAAAAUCCUCUGAAAUCUUGUUACUUAUAACGCAGCAUUGUGACAAAACAAUUUAUUUUAUUUUUACUCAAAAGGGCUUUGUAAAUAGAAUUAGAAUGCAUAACUAGAAUCACUGACAAUCAAAAGGUCCUUAAAAGAAAUAUGGUAUAUAAAUUCAUUUCUUAAAUGUUUUCAAUUCGUCCUUUAGUCAUAAAUAAUAGUAACAAAGCUGCUAGAAUCAUUGUUAUCGAUUUUAAAAAUAUAGUCUAUAUAGAUGUAAAAAUGGCAAUUUUAAUAUUUGCUUCUAUAACUUUGUAGUGUCUGAAAACUUUUGAAGUGCAGCAUCCAAAGUUUGUAUAAAAAGUGUUUUUGUACAAUAUUUUUGUACAGUGAUAACCAAUUUUGAUGUCAUCAACUCAUAUCUCUAUUAAAUUCUUAGUAUAUCCAAUAAGUUUACUUCAACUUUUGUUAGGAUGAAGUAAUGAUAAAAAUAAUAAGCCCACCACAAUAUAUUUCUCAAUUAUACAUUUUUUCUGUUCAAUUUUAAGUUGUUCCAUUUUCUUAUGCUGUAGUUAGACUUUAAUGUUAUUUUAUCUGAUUUUUCUAGUGAGCAUAUUUUGUUUUAAAAUGGUUUUAGUUUUAGAUUUUUAUUUUUAAAUUUCAUGUUAAUUUUUUUAUUCAACAAUGUUCUUAUCUUUUUCAUUGUGGCCACCAAUACUUAUUAUAUUAUAGAAUCUGUUUCUUGCUGAUGUUUCUACUCAGGUUAAAAUUACCUUCAGCCUAUCAUAAUCUCUGACACUUGUUAUUGUUUAAUGAGGUAUUUUUUUUUCUUAAAAAAUUUACCUCUUCUUUUUACUCUAGUGUUACAUUAUUUUGUUUUUAUUAAACAUUAGUGAUUGUUGCUGAUUGUUAUAAAUAAUUUUUAAAUAAUGUGAUAGUUUGACAUAUUGUGAAUUGAAAACUUUUAAGUCAAAUCAAAUAUUCUGAAAGAGACAUCAUAUUAAAACAAAAAAUAGUUUCAGAAAAGCAAAAACUAGUGAUGUGAUAUGAAGCUAUUUUUAUUGAUAAGAAAAUAUCCAGUAUUUACAUUGUUUAUCCACAUUUCUGUAAAACCAUGAAAUAUACACAGUAUAAUGGUGAGAGAAGGAAUAAAAUUGUGAUUAAGUUU